AUGUUUCAAGAACUUCAAAUUGUCAUUGCACAAAUUCAGGCAUUAUUAAAAGAAAUAUGUAAAGCUGAUAAUGGUGCCAAUAAACAGUGGCUUGAUCAGAUAGACAAAGUCAUGUCACUGGUAACUAGACUACAUGAGGAAGCCACACAUAUGGUACCAGAACAGAGAAUUGCUGUUUCAAUACUAGAGACACAUGCAGUCGAUCUUUGGAAUAUAGCAGUUGCUCUGAAAACCAAAGACUCUAUUCCUGUCUUGGUAAAUGCAAAAUUGAGACAUGUCGCCUUUCUUUUGGUGGAUUGUUCAACCCCCUCUGAGUUCAAUGAAAAUACAUGGAGAAAGAAAAUAGUGAUGGGAAUGAAGGCGGGUCGAGCAUGGCUAGAUAGCAAAGAUCCUGUUAUGGCGGAUCAAGUCUUCCUCCUCACUGAUCAGUUUGUAGCUUCAGUACAGAGAGCUGUUGUAGAAAGAAAGAAUGAUGGUAUUGCUGCUGAGGUGGUAGAUAAACAGAAGACAGAAAUACUACAGGACAUGUUUAAACUUCUAUGUUACAAAGCAGAAGCAGCUUUGACACAACAAAACCAACAGAAGGCAUUAGAUUUGGUACUUCUUGCAAAGGAAAUGCUGCCAAAUUUCCCAAGAGAGGGUGGCUACCUCUCUAUGCUGUGUUAUAACUUUGGAGUGGACAUGUACCAACAAGAAAAGUAUGAGCAGGGGGUCAUGUGGCUGCGGGAGAGUUUUGAGUUAGGCAAAGGUCGACAAACUAUUGGAUCCCGAAAUCAAGCACGCACAUUGAGGUUGCUUGCUAAUGCCUACCUGGAAUGGAAUGCCAAAGAACAUAGCCAGAAAGCCUUAAAUGCUGUGACACUGGCUAAUACAGAACAUCCACACCCAGCUGGAUUUUAUCUAAGUCUGCGUGUACUCCUGUUUAUUGGUGAGGAAGAUGGAGCCAUUGAGAAAGCCAUUGAAGAUGUUCUGCAUCAGUCUGAUGUAACUGUUGACAUUGGACUCAAUGUUGUACAACUAGUGUCCCAACAUAAUAGGACUGAUAUUGCCAUGGAGGUCACUAAAACUUUGUUGAAGACAUUUGAGACAUCACCAGAUGUAGGAAGUAUUAUUGUCUGUCUGCUGGAGCUAUUAAUACAGAUGGGAAAGAUCAAGGAAGCUAAAGACUUUGUGGAGGAAUCAAUUACAGCUCAUAACACUGGAAAACCAUUAGAUGCUGCUGUUAGGAAAAGGUUUCAUAUAGUACUAUGGGAGCAAGCAGCUCUAGCAUUUGAGGCGAAAGAUUACAAAGAAUCUCUGGAAUGGUAUAACUACACACUGAGCCUGUUCUCUCACUCGGAUAUAGAGGCACAUAAUCUGGCCAAAUUGUACAGGAACAGAGCAUCUUGUUAUUUACAUCUGGAACAGAGGAAUGAGGCACUUGAGUCAGCUGAACAGGCUGAAAGAUGGGAACCUAGGUCUCUACAUACCCAAUUCAUUCUCUAUAAAGUUUCGCUGGCUGGAGCAGACAUCAACAAAGCAAAAUAUGUGCUGCAGAAGAUGUGCGAGAUGGUAGCCAGCAUUGACCGUGGGGACGACAGUACAGAUGCACAUAGCAUCAUGUGUCUGGCAGCACAGAUGGCAUUUGAGGAGAAUCACCAGGUAGUGGCUUCCUUGGCAUUGGAGUCUGUUGCUAACAGUUGUUCUGACCCCUGGCAGGUUCUUACAGCCCUCCGCUGUCUCAUCAGACUCAGACUAGCCUCUCAAGAAAAUGGCCAAGGGACAGACCCUUCCAGUACUGAUAGAAACAUCCAAACUGCUUACCACAAAUUACUUCAGCUCCAAAAUGACAGUAAAGAGAAUCAGAUUCAGAUCCAAAAUGAAGCCAGUUGGUUCAUCAAAAUUGAAUUUUGUCAUCCAUUUACUGUUACAGCUUGGAACCUAGCCUUGCAGUGUGAUGAGAGUCCACAACGAAUGAAAACACUUUUCUCUCUCUGUCAGCAGCUAUCAUCUCUGUGUCCUGACGAUGACGUUAACCUAACAAGACAGAAGACUUGCAUGCUGAUGGCAGCUGCUGCUAGUCUGCAGGUGGCGAGGGUGUCAGAGGACGAGGCUGAGAAAAGGUACAGUUUGGAAGAAGCUUUGCAACAUGUGAAGAACUGUAAAGGUCUGAUCAACCAGCUACAACACAACAUGCUGGUUCCUACAGAGAACAAGGGAAAGGACACAACAGAGACUUUGCUAUUGUUGUAUGAGUUUGAGGCCCAAGUAAAGCUCAAUGAUCCUGUGUCAGAACAAACACUGGAACAAGCUCUACGCCUUCCAAACCCAGACCCAAAGAUGUUCGAAACACUGGCUGCCCUGGCAAUGGAGCCCCCAGCUCAAAACAAGAAUGUAAGUGUGAGAGCAAUAAAAGUAGCCAUCAGGAAGCACUUACAGAUGCCUCAGCCAGACUUUAACAAGUGCAGCAAGCUCUUCCAUAGCCUGGUGCAGCUGUCCCUGUCAGGGGACUCUGGAGCCAAAGGAGAGGCUCACAUGUAUUACUCGGAGAUCAUUGAAGUUAUUGAAAAAAGGUCACAGGGUCAGUAUCCAGAGAUGGAGGUUCUCUGGCUGAUGACAAAGGCAUGGAAUUGUGGUAUCAACUUUUACAGUUCAGGACGGUGUGACGAGGCUGAGAGAUGGUGUAGCACAAGUCUUAAACUGCUCAAGUACCUCAAUACCAUGAGAGAGAAUUAUGAGGAUCAUAUGAAUACCACCUAUGGCCAGAUCUUGGCAAGGAUGGAAAGAUUGGGAACACGAAUACAAGGGAAAGGUUUGGAGGAAUAA